UUGCAUCUGGACGGCUCAUAUUUGAUCUCUCUCUUCUUCCUCUCUCUCCGACAUUUCCCAGAGUCAGGGCCGAUCUGUCUUUUCCUCUCCUUCCUCCAGUUUUUUGUUUCUUCCACAUUCGUCAAAUCGAAUCCAUUCUCAAAGACUCCCAAAAGUAGUUAAAAGCAAAAGUACUUUGAUACUUUCCCUGUUAAUCGGGUUUCAAAGAAACGAAUUUUCUUUUCCAAAGAAAAAAAAGCAAAAAAGAUUAUUUUCACCUAAUUGUGUGUUUUUGAAUUUUUUUAUAUUUUUUCAAAUUGUGGUAAUGGAGACGGAGAGUAUGGAGUGCGAUUCAUCGACAAGAAGCAUCCCUAACGAUAACGCAACUUACCAUUUCUCUUCCACGAAGAAUCACGCCGCAGCUCCUGCCUCCGUCGUUACCAAUAUAGUUGGUCCCACGGCAACGGCUGCCACUAGCGUCUAUGAGCUUCUGGAGUGUCCUGUUUGUACCUUUUCUAUGUACCCUCCUAUCCAUCAGUGUCAUAAUGGGCACACGUUAUGCUCAACUUGUAAAGUGAGAGUACAUAACCGUUGUCCCACAUGUAGACAAGAGCUUGGAGAUAUAAGAUGUUUAGCCCUUGAGAAAGUAGCCGAGUCACUUGAGCUGCCUUGCAAGUAUUACAACCUCGGAUGCCCUGAGAUUUUUCCUUACUACAGCAAACUAAAGCACGAGUCUCUCUGUAACUUCAGACCGUAUGGUUGUCCUUACGCUGGCUCCGAGUGUGGUAUCGUUGGGGACAUCCCUUUCCUUGUAACCCAUCUCAGGGAUGAUCACAAAGUUGACAUGCACGCUGGCUCCUCUUUUAACCACCGUUACGUCAAAUCCAAUCCGCGUGAAGUAGAAAACGCUACUUGGAUGUUGACUGUAUUUCAAUGCUUUGGGCAAUACUUCUGCCUCCAUUUUGAGGCGUUCCAGCUCGGGAUGGGUCCGGUAUACAUGGCGUUCCUGAGAUUCAUGGGGGACGAGGAAGAAGCAAGGAGUUAUAGUUACAGUUUAGAAGUGGGAGGGAGUGGGAGGAAGCUAACGUGGGAAGGAACACCAAGAAGCAUCAGAGAUAGUCACAGGAAAGUAAGAGACAGCAACGACGGUCUCAUCAUUCAGAGAAACAUGGCUCUCUUCUUCUCUGGUGGUGACAGGAAAGAGCUUAAACUUAGGGUUACUGGUAAAAUAUGGAAAGAGCAACACAGUCCAGAUUCUGGUCUUUGCAUACCAAACCUAUCUUCAUGA